AUGGGUCAAAUCUUGGACAAAACCAAGAAGCUAGCCCUAGACUCUGAUGUAAAGGUACAACACGGCCUUACUUCAUACAAAGCUGCCGUCAAAGAUGAAUACGACAUUGGAGAGUUUGAUGCUGUGGUCGAUUCAUUUUCUAUCUCCGACGAUGGUAAGGUUCCGACACUCUCUAUGGAAUCAUUGAAGGCUUUCACAGAUUAUUAUAUGAAAAAGAACAAACACAUUAUUGAGAGUAAGAAUAAUAUUCUUAAAAACAAUGUAUUAUCUAGAGUGGUGAAAGAUGAAAACAGUAGUUUGGUUUUGCAACUUUGUACCACUCUAAAAAAUUGCAUUAUUCAAUUGGAAACUGCUAAACACAAACUCACCGUGGCUUUGAAUCACUUUGAGAGAGAACACAGUGAAUCUAGGAUGGAGGGCGUGGAUCAAAAGUACCCCAGGACUCUGAAGGCAUUGGAAAACUUCAACGCGAUAGGGAUCAUUAUGGAUCAUGUGAGUCGUUUGAGGUCUCUUAUGACGACACUCUUAGAGCAUGCAAUGGAUGGUGAUGCACUGGAUUAUGAAGUGAAUUUGAAAGCCACUGUAACUAAUAUCAGGGAGAAAGUUCAAGAUUUUUCAGGAGGCUAUUCAAUUGUUGAAGAAUCAAAUUGGCGACUGUCACAGUGCCAUAUCGACGGCCAGAAAUAA